GAGCAUCCUACUGUCACGGGGCGUGCUGCGAGUGCGGCUCACGGCACAACGUGUGUUGUAUUGAUCUAGCGAGUUCGCCGCCGCUACAACAGCGCGUCAAGGCUAGCGAGCGCGAGAAAAACGGACUGACGGACACACCGACGCAGAAGGGAAGAGACAUUAUCAUGUUUGUCCUGAAUUCUUUGGGCAUCACAGCCUUCCAAGUAGUCCUCGUGUGGGUCUGAAAACCCCAAAGUGUGUGGAGAGCGUCCAGAAACCCCCCCAGUGAGAACGGAUUGAAUUGCGUGGUUGUGAUGUCUUCAACCCCGUGGCUGUGCGAAUACAUUCAGUGAUUUUUUUUUUCAUAAGGGCCUCAAAAAGAAGGAGUGUUCUGAAAGUUGGAACGAAUAAAUUCAAAGAGGAGGAUCAGGGUUAUUAAUAAGACAAUCUACAAGAAAAAUUGUGUGUACAAGUGAUCAGGGUUGUUAACUAGCCAGCGUCUUGCCAGACCGUGUGAGCAAAGUGGGUUCAUAGAAUUUUUAUCGUCACAACUUCCCAUCUUGGAGAAGCCGAUUCCGUGGCGAGGAAGGGGCAAAAUUAUUGAUUGCUCUUAGGUUUUGGUGCUUCUUGGGCGACCGUCGUGAGCGCUGGGUCUAGCCGAAGGAGAGCAUCGCUGGAACCCCGACGAAUGCAUAAUAAAUUUGUUACAAACCUGUUGUUACGACAGCACUGCUUGGGAGCGUUCAGCGUCUUGGAGGAACAAUACCGUUGUCUGUUUGUCUUUUGUUCUAUUGAUUUUGUGUUGCCUCUUGUUUCUGACCACGGUCUGUGACAUUGGGGCUCUGUGGGGGUCUGCUGUUAUCGGUUCCGCUGCCAAGUGAUUUCACAUUACUGGUGCCGUGCUCGUGGCUGUGUUUGUGCCGAUGUGACGGACAGCGCCAUCUCAGUUUCCACAACGUCUUCUUAGUUUCUCUUGUAACAGUUUAUUCAUGAGGGAAUGAUAAAGAAUGAGCUAGUGUAAUAUUUCUUCCUGACAGAGUGGUAUUCUGUUCGUAUUUUGUUCCCACUGUGUUUCUUCUUUACGGCGAAGUUGCCGAAGAGACCUCUCUUACUACACUAUUGUUUCUCGUGGCUUCUCUUUAAAUUUUAGCAUCUCAGUGAUGUAUUUUGUUUAGAAGGGUUUCGAAUGUAGUUAUUGUCCUUUCGUUCAUGAAUUUAUAUCCAAACUUUCUCUGUUUUCUUCAGCCGAGACUGUUUGCUUUUUGUUAAAAGUCUCGCGUCGGAAGAAGACGUGGUAAGGUUAAGUUCUAUUUCAUAGAUGGUGUGUUCUUCACCAGCUGUAGAAACGAAAGCAGGAACCCAGUUUUGAACAAAGCUUGAGUACCUCGUAUCUCACCACAAUCAUAAUUAUUGUUUCAGCCCAUAACUAGGGGAGGCUUGGCGAGCAAUCUGUUACUCACUACAGUAGAUAUCCCCCGUGGUAAAAGUAUAUCGUUGUAAUAGCUGUAGGUGUGGACAACGAGGAGAGCAAGUAUUGAUUUUCACGUCAGUAGCAACUAGUGGCUGGCCACUCGUCGGGUGCGACUAAUGUGAGGUCGUUCCGAGUAAUUUUCACUCCACCGCACGAAAUCGAGAAUGCACAGUAUAUUAAUUUGUGUUUGCAAAAUAUGAAGUCUUGCUAAUGUAACUGGUUUGUGACAACAAACACUUGCCCUCAGUACAAGCCAGGUUUUGUUUGGCUUCCCAGUGCAGAGCUAGCUUGAAGCUCGAAUGCAGCCCGUGCUGUGGUUUUUCUCUUCCUCGUGAUACUGUCCCCCCUCUGCUAUUGAUCGAGAGGUAAGAGCCCAGGCUCGAAUCAACACAAUGAUGAAGAUGAUCGUGAAAGGCGGGUUGCACCCUAUCCCAGGCCUGCCCCGACUACGACACGAAAUACCGUCUGUCGGUGGAGUCAUACUGACCAAGCACAUGGUCCAGAACCAGAUGACUCCUACAUACGCCACGUACCCCCAGGCGACCAGUCUGGAUGAGUACCACCAGGCGGUGGCCAACCAGGCAGCGGCUGCGGGCUCCGCGGCGGCCGCCGGACUGGCCGGCAUUCAGAAUGUGGCCGGGGUCAACGUCGCCGUUUCCGCCAUCACGACGGAGCCGAGCGCGCAGACCAUCUACACCACCACACCCGUCACGACCAACGGUGCUGCAGAACAGCAAACCGCGCUCCUGAGAGAGGCACAUAAAAGCCUCUGGUUGCGAGACAUAAAAGCUGUAUCUGAGACUGAGCUUCCUUCCUCUGAGAGUGAAGCGACGGCGAUACCUCCUACUAGUGGUGCCAUCUCUCCAAAUACUGGUCCCAAGAGAUUACAUGUGUCAAAUAUCCCAUUCAGAUUCAGGGAAGCAGACCUCCGGCAGUUAUUGGGGCAAUUUGGGACAAUUUUAGAUGUGGAGAUAAUUUUUAAUGAAAGAGGCUCAAAGGGAUUCGGUUUCGUAACUUUCGCAAAUAGCGGUGAUGCCGACCGAGCACGUGAGAAAUUGAACGGCACUGUGGUUGAGGGACGAAAGAUUGAGGUUAACAAUGCUACUGCACGGGUCAUGACCAAAAAGGUGACCGCACCCACACUGUCUACCGAUUCGGUAGCUGCUGCAGCUUUACGCGGAGUUGCCUUGACCCGGGGUCGUACUGCUGCAGCUGUGGCAGCCAGAGGGCUCGGUGGUGUGUACACAGCUGCAGCUGCAGCUGCUGCAGGUCUGAGGCACCCAACGCCAAUUGCUGCUCCGCCCACUGCAAUCCCCUAUGCUGCGAGUGUUUAUCAAGAUCCUUUCUUGACCUAUGAUCCAGCCCGCUAUCAGUUAGUCACAAGUCAGCCAUAUCCUGCUGCAGCGGCCGCAGCCAGCUACCCUACAGGAGCUGCCCGAUAUGCUAUCCCAGCUGCAGCUGUAGCUACUCCAGUCACCUACACAGCUGCCGGCUAUGGCCGAGAAUAUGCUGCUGAACCUUAUAUUGGACACAGUAUUGGGCCAGUUGCUGGCUAUGGGGCAACCGUGUAUCGAGGAGGGUACCAAAGGUUUGCACCUUAUUAGCCCGGGGCAUUCUGAACAUGUCUUUACUUUGUUAUAAAAGAAAAGCAUUAUGGGAAAAGGGACACUGAAGGACUCGAAGCAAGCUUCAAUACAAUUUUCAACGGCAGGGCAGGCACUGACUUCCGCAGUAACAGCCACCAAAUCAGAUCCGACCUUCUCAUCUUUCAGUUUUGACUUCCAAACAGUAUUUUACGUUAUCUGAUGUUUCUGCUUUAUGUCAAAAUGUCAUUGGUGUAUGGCAUUAGCUUGUGGGCUGAUUGGUGUCUGCUUUUAACCAGUGUGGAUCAGGAGACCACGAAGACCAGUAGCUUAGAGUAUUGUGUGACUGAGAACUUAUGUGUUUUACUCUUGGUAUGUACUCAUUCUUUUAUGCCAGACUUGCUGCUUUUACUUUGGGGCUCGAAUUGUUGAAAGUGUGCUUGAUAGAUAGAAUGCAGUUGUGUAUGCAAAUACUUUGAGUGAUAGGAAGUAGGUUUGUUGUAAACGUGGUCAGUGACAUAGGUAGAGAAGGAGGAGGUAAGUAGAGUGUGAGUCGUAGGAGGAAAAAGUUGAGAGAAUGUGUUGCUGUUAAGUCAGAAAAUACUUCCGAAGGAAAUUUGUCCUAUUGUGAAAACAUUGCAUAGAAGUUGUAAUUUCUUCCUGUAGGGAAAACAAUCUAUACUGGAUCUAGUAUAAACACUGAGUUGCACAAUUGCCAUUUUGCAUAUGAGCUCAUUCUUCAUGCCUGAUCCUGCCAAUGUCUGCCUCUUCCAGUAAAAUAUUAUCAAAAAGCUUGGGCUCUUCUUUCCUCAGUCUUUGCAACACAAACAUUUCAAGUUGCACAGGACUAGAACCUUAUAGAAGACAUGCAGGCUGAUUAGUUGGAGCAGGAAUCUGUUUACAAAUACUCAAACUGUAAGCUUUAUUUUGAACAAAUUUAUCUAGUCAAUAUGUCUGUAUAUUCUUCCUUGCAUAUACAUAAUGAUAUUUUUCCCUUCUCAUGGAUUUUUAUAUGUACAGAAUGUUGUUACAGUCAUUAGUUGUCCAUUGAUUGUUAUGAACUCACUUUCACAGUGUGAGUGCACAGUCCAGUGUUAAUGUUUUCAUUCAAACUAACAUUUUACAAAAAUGUUAUGGACUCACUUUACUUUUCUCCUUUUUUUGACGUUUUGAAAGAAGAAAACUGUAGUAACAGAAAGCAGUCAUGCAGUUUUGGAAAGAAUAUGGUUUCUUGUUUUUACGCAGCUAUUCAACUUUCCAAAAAAAUGGAUCAAAAUUCUGUGGACCAUGGUCAACGUCAUGAACACCACAGCAAAAAGCUACACUUAAAUUUUGCUGAAGAUUUCCUAAUGUAGUGUGAGAGAGAAGUUGAUUUGCCAAUUGUCAUCAACCCAACUCUAGCAGAGGACUGAUUUGAAAAGAAAUACUAUUAUUCAUUUUUUAAUCUUAUUUAAAUUUAAAAUGAAUCAGUGAUGCUGGAUUAAUGCAUUCACUUGUGGCUUAAUCAAAACAUUGUUUUGCUGGCAAAAGUUCUUUUCUUUGCAACGCAAUCUUGCCCACUCAUGUUGUAUUCAUUGCCGAAGAGGUAAUCCUGUUGAAUUUCUUCCUAUCAUUCUAGGCUGAGUUUGUUACUUUGAGAUGAAUUAAAGUCGUUUUAAUUGUCAGUGACAGUUUUUCUGAAUACUGUUCCCUUUAUCUUUUAUGCCAACUCUUUAUUUUGUUUUGUUUUGCCAUCAAAUUUCACUUGUGAUUUCGUUACUGAAAUUAGUAAAAAUGUGUGCACAAUUUUAAGUCUGUUCAACCCUUGAUUUAAGUUCGUAAGGACUUAUAACUUUUUAAACUGCUUAUUUAUGUUGAAUCUCAAGACUCGUACAUCCAGUUCUUCCUUGAAUUAUUAACUUUGUACAAAUGUGCCAGUAAUAGUAUUCUUCUCACCUAAUCUUACAUCAUUGCUUCGUAUGUUCUUUGAUGUUUUGACUGAAACAGAAAUUCCAUUACCCCAAAGGGCCAAUGUGCAUUACCUUGCAAUUUUGCAACUAAAGUAAGUAUAAGAGCAUAGGCUCACUUUAGAAAUCACAAAACAAAAGUAUGUUCAGCCUCAGAUCUUCAUUCCAAUAUGGUCCACUGUCACAAGGAGAGAAGGAAUUGCCACUGACGAGAUACUGUGGAAACAUAAGGAUUGUUUUUUGUAAGAGUCACUUCGCAAUGAAUACGCUUUAGACUUAAAAGUAAAAUUUGCCCCCCUUUUUGUAAAUUAUUUUUUUCCCCUGAUAGUGUACUCCUAACAACAAGCCUGUUCACAGGGAGACAAAAAGUGACUACUUUGCAGUAAUCUGGACACUACUGACUACAUACUCAAUGAAUUCACUCAUAGUCGUUAAUUUUGCUGCUACACAAACAUACAGGUCAAUUGUAUCUGUGCACAUGAUACGAUAUACUGCUAUUCAUGAUGCACAAGUUUAUAUGUAUAUUACUGACUGGAUAUAGCUUUGUAUACAAUGUUUGCUGUUUUGCAGCUUUUUAAUACCCUGUUGAUGAUACUGUUUAAGUUUGAAACACUUGAAGAAUCAAAAUCUAGUUGUCUGGCACACAAACAUUUUCUGUUCUCCUGAGAUAUUCGUGUUUUCCAUUUCAUGUAGUUGUCCAGAGUGCAAUAAUGAAUGCAGCUGUAUUGUUGUAGGUAAAUUUGCAUAUCUGUCUUUUUCAAGUUCUCCGUGACGCAAAUAUGUGACCUCUAACUUAGGUAAAUGUCUGCAAUCAUAAUGCUGUCUUUUCUGGUCAGCCUAUUCAAUUUUUUUUUUAGUUUCAAAAAUAGAGAUUUAUCAUAAAUAGUUAUAUUCUUUUUUUAAAAAAAAGGCAGGGUCUUUAGGAUCUCUUUUUAUCCAGUCAAUAGAUAUUCAACCCGAAUGUCAAAAUUAUAAAAUAGUUUAUGGAUGCAUACAAUCUGUACUGUCAUAAAUAUUUUGAAAGUGUAUGAUUUUUUUUUCUUCACCAUGCUGAACUAAUCUUGAUGCACCAGGCAAAGUUACAGAGGGACAUUAAUUUUUAAAAUAAAUGAUUCGAGAAAUUAUUGAAAUUUAAAGAGAGAAAGAUCAGUUUCGUAUCUUCCUGAGUUGGUUUUUUGCAUCUGCUUUUGUUUUGGAGCAUUUAAUUUUGUUCAAGAAAGACCAAUGUCUUGCCAGUGUUUCAUCAACUCCUUUUGCAUCGUUGAGCAAUGAUUAGAUGAUCGCAGUUUUCUAUAAAUACCUGCUACUUUUGAAGCAUUGAAGCAUUCGUGUUCAUUAAUGAAUCUUCUUUUAGCAUAAGUUAUCACAAUAGAAUGAUCUGUAAGUAGUUCUUGCGAGGUUGUUUAAGUACUGGCAUACAUAUGUUCAAGGUUUUAAAAUAUCUUGCCAAAGAAGAAAUUUGAGUGAAAAUGUUUCUUAUUCAUAAAUCUGUGUCUCAUAGAUAUCCCACCCUGACAAAACUGAUCCAGAAUAUAGAGAAAAUUGAGUACGGUACUGGCAUGGACUAAACUUAUUAAGGGGAGACACUACUGAGACAACAGAACUUCUUUAUGCACAGCUGAAAUUGAAUACAGUUUUGAGAGAUUUAUUGGUGAUAACAGGGGUCAACUAAUUUAGUCUGGUGGACUAAUUGACUCUUCAAUUCCUACACAGGGUCAGUUAGGGGUCUCAGGCAGGCAAAAUGAUAUAUUCUGGUGUAUCAAAUUACUCAUUCAUCAUUACGACAUAAUCAUAAAAAAUUUCUGUUAGUAUUCUCUAGAACAUUAUACUUGCUAAUAACGGAGGGAAUUAUGGGUGUUUCAUUUAGUAAAAUUUUGGCAGGUAGCUUAUAUGAGUGGACGAAAUUAUUGCCAAGAAAAAUCCUGUUUUAUUUUUUUAAGAAAAUUUUAUUAAAAACCUCUUACAAGCGCUUUUGUUGGUUUCCAGACAAAUCCCUCUGAAAUAAGUACAGGCAAACACCUACAAACAGUCGUGCAAAAUUUUGAAGAGACUGAAAAGACAGAUUUAAGAAAUUGUGAAUAUUAUAUCCCAAGGCUACCCCCUAAAAAUAUUUUGCUUUCUGAGGGAAAAAAAAAUUCUUGUAUGCCAAAGGAUAAUGUCGCACCAGCAUUAAAAAAAAAAUUAAAGACCCUUACACCCACCCCUCCUGUUCAGACUAAUUUUAAUAACACCCCAACUCCUCCUUUAAAAGAAAACAACAACCCCAAAAACAACUAGUUUUGCAGGUUUGGGACCCAGUUCAAUACUUCAGGACUUGCUUUUCAUUUGAAAAAUAAAGCAAAUUUAAAAUAUCGAUAUAUUAGCACCAAUGAAUGUAAAUUAUACGCCCUGUUUUCCCUCAAUUGAUCUGUUUCUGUUUUGGGGAUAUUUUGUUAAAAAUAUAGUAUUUUCUCAGCUCAAAACGAAACUGAUUUUUUUCCCCUUAUGUUUAUCAGUAACUUCGUUUUUGUCAAUGAAAAGUGAAAUUUAAAAAAUCGGGACAUUUGCCACUGAAGGAGGUGAAGGUGUCUUGGUGUCAGGAAAAUUAAGCUAGAAAAUGGCUGCCAAAAUUUGGUGACAUCCAAAGCCUGAAUGUUCUUGGAAACCGGAGAUUAACAUUUUUUUGUGCCUUUGAGCAAUGUUUUGUUUCAGUAUAAUCCACACAAAAAUGUGUUUUUAAAUGGACAUUGACGGUGUUGAGCCAAAAAUUUAAAAAUAUUCAAUGAAAAUGGCUCAACAGUUGGGUAAAAUGCUGGUUGCUUUAAUGUUUUUUACAUUUGCUUGAAUUCACCACAUUGUCACACAUGAUAUGUAUUUUUCAAGUGAGAUACUAAUCAAAACCCAUAUGAAGGACUAUGGGAAGCUGAGUUUUAUCACUUUAAUUUAGUUAAAACUCAGAGCAGUCUUUUAAGGAAGUUGGUUUGGUAAUUCAAAUGGUGGAAUCAGAAGAUUGCUUUGUUGUUUUUUUAAAGUAUUAUAUUACAGGUGAGAUAUAUGUCUGUAUGCUUCCAAGAUGUUGGUAAAAUGGUAAAAUAAAAGAGUUGUUUCAAAUGGGGAGUUAAUCUGGCAUCUAGUGUAUAACUUAUGGUAAAUGUAGAUUCGACGCAUGGUGCUAAAGGUAACUUGAUACAGUUAUUCUCCGUGCUGAAGGCUUAAGCCUCCCAUGCAAGAAAAGUCCAGUCAGUUACUACAACACCAUUCUUUUCUCAUCUCACUAAUCACUGCCAUUGUGUAUCCUGUAUGUAGUCAUUACUCGAUCUAGUCUUACCCAAUAUGCCCACUGUUACUGCUAUAAUGUUUUAGUCAAAUUCUCAUAUACCUCAAUUUUUUUUUUAACUGUAAAGAUUUGUGGCGACAAGAUGCUUCCAUUCGGGAACGAAAUAAACCAUGAUUGUCUUCUGAUUGUUUUAUUACUCACAGAGGGCACUUUGAAUGAGACAAGAAAUUUUCAGACGAUAUGACAUUUUCUCUCUUCGUAUUAUGUCUGUGUUGGUACAGCGCUACUUCAACUAUUUCUCAUAUUAUAUGUAUGAUAACUGCUUCAGAGUAUCAACAUUGGGGUAUUUUUAUCGCAUUUACACUUCGUGAUACUACGACCAUUGAGGAUAAAUGGAAAUGCCAAAGACAAUUCACCCCCUCACUAUCUUCACAUGAAUCUGUAUGAUGAUUGUUUGUACACCACACCACGUGGCUCACUACAGCUGGUGGGGAGGCUCCAAUCUGUUGGUUCUUUUAAUACCAAAACGUUUUCAUAUUGUAACGUGAACGCUCUAGCAUUUACAAAAUUUUUUCUGUCCUUAAUUUCGCAAGUUGUCUUGUGGAGAUAUUUUAUUUCUAAUUGUGUCAAUAAUGAGUUUUUGAAAAGAUACUUUGUAUUUAUAUAUAUUUUUUGUUGUUGAGGAUCUAGUAUAGUGUAAAUUAUUAUUUUCUUUAUUUGGUAGGUCAAAAAGGAGACUAAGAUAAGGAUCAGAGACAUUUGUAGUUUUUCAAUAGUCUUCUCAUUGUUAGGAUAGUAAAUGUCAUUAACCUUUUGGCAAUGAUGAACAGACACACUAAUUGAGACUUGAGGUCAAUGAAUUUGACUCCAAACUGCUGGUCUCUCAGAACGGUCUACAUUAGAAGACAGGUCUGAUUUGAAAUAAUCAAAUUUAAAUACAGGAAAUACACAUGAUGAUUUUGAUAAGUUAUAAUAAUUUUUUAAAAACCUGUUUGGUCUAUUUGACGACCUUCAUGGAUCCCAACUUCAACAGAUAGUCCUUUUCUCACUUUAGGUUCACCGGUUCACUUUUCCAUUACAAACGUGGCGACAUUGUUUUUACCAUCAGGAGGUGAUGAUAUUCCUUGCUUUGUCAUUAUGUCCUGUGCACAUCAUAAUUCAAUAGGUGUUUUACUUAACAUUGCCUGUUCAUCUAAAGAAAAGACAAAUACUAGCUUUUUUCUGUUUUAUACAUAUUUAUAUACUUACCAGACAUAUUUAUUAAUGUUUGUUUUACUCUUCCUUCUCAGUCUGUGUUGAGCCCAGAGGAAUAAAUCUCUAUAAGAGUCAAGUCUUUACAACUUUGUUGUAACAAUGACAGUCAUCUGAAUCCAUGUAUCUGAUCUUAAAAGUUGUUGUGGGAAAACUUGCCGACCUCAUAAAGAUUUGAAUCUUUGGUGCUUAACACAACUCAAACAGUAUUUUAUUUAUGUGAACUAAACUUUAAUGUCCAUUUUUUUCCCCCAAGUCUUUUAUGAAUUGUAUACAGUGAUAGUUCUUUCUGAAAUUGUUAGCUGUGACAUCAUUGUUUGAUGUAUCAAGAAAAGGGAAAAAAUCAAAUAAAUGUCUUCCAUGAUAUUUUGUUACAGUUGCUAUGAUUAUGAUUAUAUUUAAUUAUAUUAUAAAGAUAAAAUUCAAAAUUUAAAAGAUUGUUCUCUGACUUUGUUGGAUUUUGUUAUCUUGGUGUGAGGUGAUUUACUUCAGAUUGCUCCUGUGUUAAUCAACUUUCUCUGUCAGGUACUUCUCGUAUCUCUUCCUAAGUUGCAUGUUCUGAUACAUUUGUCCUCGUGAACAAGUAAAAUAUGGACGAACAUUGUAUGUACCUUGAAGAUGUUGGCGUGUCCACCCACCCUUCAAUUUUCAUCUUCAGUCUCCCUGAAACUGGACAAUGUCCAUAUGCAUGUCGUGCUUUUCUUCAUGUUGCUUUUGGGAUUGUUUGACAUGAAUGGCACUAAAAUUGCUGUAGUCUAGCGCAUGAACUGAAGAGGACACUGAACAUUGUGAAUACUUGACAAUGCAUUUCUCACUUAAAAAACAUGAGUCAACAUUUACGAAAUUGGAAGGAGGGGGAGGGAGAAGAGUUGUUUUUAUUCUCUGGAAUAUUGAUAAUGCGUAGGGAUUUGAAACCUAAGCUUUCUCGUGGCAUUGUCAAGUCUUCAAUAAGUUUGUCUCUCUUUGUAGUUGCCCCACACAAAUGACUAACCUUUUUUUUUCGCACUGGGAUUGUUUUCAAAGAUGAGAGAGUAAUGUAGAAAUAAAAACUUGAAGGGAAGUUUGUCUGCUGUGUUUGUUUAACUUAUCGGCUCAUGCAAACUUUUUCUUGAUUUUUUGCUUUGUUUUAUUGCACAGUGCGAUGCAUCAUUGUUUGUGGCAACAUUCUUUUUAGCAUGAACGCUUGUUUUUGCUGUGGACUACAGCUUAACUUUUUUUGCAACUCUCCUGGUCUUAACUCAUGGUCACGUUUAUAUAUAUAUGAGAAUGCUUAGACAAUGAGCAGGUAGUCUUGGAAAGCAUGCUAAUAAAAACUUGAGAAGGCAAAUGGUU